UUUACCCGCGUUCUCUCUUCACAUUUCACCUUCAUUUCAGAUUUUUCCAAUUCAAAACCCUACUUCUCCAUAAAUGUCAUCACCCAUAACCUACCCGGUCGUCGUUGAAGACAAAGACCUCGACGACGCCGCAUUAUGGGCGAUGAUCGAUUCCGCCUCCGCCUCCGCCUCCGUCUCACAUUCCUCCUCAAAGCAAAAACCUCUCGCAAACAAAUACCAUCAAUCACCUUCUCCGAUCUCAAAACCUUCACCACCGUCAAAGUUCCCGCGUUACUCCACCGACAGCGGCGAAGUUGUUCAAGAUCCCUGGCCUUACCGACCACCGCGAAAGAUCGCGAGAAUCUCUGGUUCAGGUUCGGAUUCUUGUGAAACGAGUCCGCUUGCUGUGGUUCGAACCGUGCAGAGAUUGCCAACGCCAACACCAACACCAUCGCCGUUGCCGUUGGCGGUGGCGAAGGUUUAUUCGUCACCGGAGAUCGGGAAGAUGAAUGAAGUGAAGGAGAUUAGUAGUAGUUAUACCACAGAGGUUUCGCCGCGGUGUUUCGGGAGAAAUGAUCAUGAAGAGAAGGAGAAUGGAAUGAGGCAUAGCUUGUAUGGAAUGUUUCCAACGGUUUCGUUGUUUAAGGAGUAUCAGAAUGCAGCUAUGGCGAUUUUGGAGAAAACUGAUUACACUUUGAUUUCGGGGAAUCCUUACAUUAAAAAGACAGGCUGGAGAAAGAUUUCUUGUUACUUCAAUAUUUCUUAUGAAAUUAGAGACAAGAGUAUUGAGUUUGAUGGAGAUCGCAAUGUUCAGCGUGCCGAGUUUGUGAUUCGUGCACACAUGCAGGGUGGCAGGUUCUCAGAUGGAUGGGGCUCUUGUGAUCGACGUGAAAAGAGAUUUCAGAAACCAAAUCAUGAUGUUCCAAGCACAGCGGAGACUAGGGCCAAAAAUAAAGCUUGUCAAGACCUACUAGGAAUUGGAGAAUACCGACCAGGUGCAUCAAGUCAACUUCGGUGAUAUUAUGAUUUUGAAUGACUUUGCCACGAUUGAACAUGUUCAAAUAUUUGUUGAGGGUAAAAUGAACUGAAAUGGGUGGUAUAAGAAAUAAAUUUAUCUUAUUUUUAUGAAUGCAUGAUGAAUUGUUACAAGUCCUGUCAUUUAGCACGUAUUUGGUGUACUAGCAGGACCUGUAAUCUGUGGAAUUUAUACUUUUAUAGCAUUGAAGAGAUUGAAAUGAAUAUGAAAACGUCUUUAUAUUUUUACAGAAAUGG